AUGGACAUUUCCAAGAAAUGUGCAUGUGCAUGUGCAUGCUGCCAACAUCGAAGAUUUAGGUGUUCUCCAAAUUGCCCUUUCGCUCCUUAUUUUCCGGCCGAUAAACCAAAAAUGUUCGCCAAUGCUCAUAGGUUGUUCGGCUUUUCAAGAAUGUUGAAGACUCUAGAGACGAUUAGUGAUGAAGACGAAAAAGAUGAUGCAAUGAAGUCAAUAAUUUUUGAGUCGGAUAUUCGUGCUAAAUUCCCGGUUCAUGGAUGUCUCGGUGUUAUUAACGAGUAUCAAAGUAUGAUACAGAAUUUUGCAGAAGAGCUGGAUCGAGUAAAAAAGGUACUAAGUUUGUGUAAGCUAUUUCAACAACAUAAUCUCUUACCUGAUUUUUCCAUGGAUCCUUCUUCUGUACCUUCUACUAGUUCUCAAACUCCAAUGUUUAACAAUCUUGGUGAUAUCAUUCCUCAUGAUGUUAACGGUACUCAAGUUGUUGAAUAUGUUAGGGUUAUUAUGGAGUAUCAAGAUAUGAUAAAGAAGUGUGAGGAAGAGUUAGAUUAUGUCAAAAAGUUAGUAACUUUUUAUAGGCAAAGUUACUCUUUCCAGAAAGGAUCAUCUUAA